AAGGAAGAAAGAGAGGAAGUUGCAAGUGAUCGAAGAAGAUUUUGAUUUUGAUUUUGAUUUUGAUUUUGAUUUGAAGGGUUUGUAUUUGGGGAUGUCUAUGUUUGAGCUCACUAAUUACCCUAAACAUGCUCCUUUUUCAAUCCAACCUUCUUCGUCCUCCUCUCUUCCAGGAAGGAUGGGAUUGUACGAGCCUAUUCACCCAAUUGGAAUGUGGGGAGAAACUUUCCGAACCAAUUUAGACGCACCAUCUCUUCUAAUGGAGGCCGAUACAAAGUUGGAAAAUCAGUCGGACGAUGCCUCACUCGGCUCACUUGGAGAUCCUCACAUUUAUAACCAAAAAGAUACCAAACGGAAUGAAAAGAUUCAAAGACGGCUCGCACAAAAUCGGGAAGCAGCUCGCAAAAGUCGCCUGCGAAAAAAGGCCUAUAUUAAGCAAUUGGAAUCGAGCCGCUUAAAACUCAUCCAAUUGGAGCAAGAGCUUGAAAAAGCAAGACAACAAGGUUUGUUGGCUGGAUCCCGAUUUGAUAAUAACCCGUCGGGUUUAUCAGGAACCACAAAUUCAGGCAUCUCUGCAUUUGAAUCAGAGUAUGAGCAAUGGGUAGAAGAGCAGAACAGGCAGAUAUGUGAUCUGAGGACUGCAGUGCAUGCUGAUAUUACUGAUAUCGAGCUUCGAAUACUCGUAGAAAAUGCAAUGAGACAUUACUUCAAAUUCUUUCGCAUGAAAGCUAAAGCUGCAAAAGCAGACGUCUCCUAUAUCAUGUCAGGCAUGUGGAAAACAUCAGCUGAAAGACUUUUCUUAUGGAUAGGAGGAUUUCGCCCUUCAGAACUUCUCAAGGUUUUGAUACCUCAGCUGAAGAUACUGACCGAUCAACAAGUUUCCGAAACUAGUAGCCUUACGAAAUCGUGUUUACAAGCAGAAGAUGCUCUUAGACAAGGUAUGGAAAAACUACAACAAAAUCUAUUUGAGAGCGUAGUGGCUGGUCAGCUGAGUGAAGGAAGUUAUCCCCUACAGAUGACUGCUGCAAUGGAAAGAUUAGAAGCACUCAUUAGCUUUGUGAAUCAGGCUGACCAUCUACGACAGGAAACAUUGCAACAGAUGUACAAAAUUCUAACAACUCGGCAAUCUGCUCAAGGCCUUCUUAUUCUUGGGGAGUUUUUUCAACGACUCCGAGCAUUGAGCUCGCUUUGGGCUAAUCGUCCUUGCGAGCCUACAUAGUUCACCAUCAACAUUUGUCAAGUUCAAAGUUGGUUCAUGAUCAUCCUAAGGAUCUACAAGCUUGUUGGUAGUGUAUUGGUAAAACAUUUAUAAUGAGGAAUGCAAAGUCAUAGCAUACCAUUUUGCAAGCUUCCUACUCAUACCACACCCGUUUGUAAAUAUUGAUAUCGAGAAUCUUAUCGCGAGAGAAAAAUUGUAAGUAUGAUUGAUUUUUGACAUCUGUUGUAUUGCCAAGUUGUCUCAAAUAUAAUCUAUUUAGUGUAGUUUUGUGAUGA